AUGGAGAUGAAGCAAAUCUCGGAAGAAGAGUUUCCGGACCUCAUAGCACAAUGCCAACUCGAAGGAGUCGAUCGGCUGCAGCGUGUGUCCAUUGUCGCCAAAAAAAGAAUAAGCCAAGGUACAAAUGCGAUCCUUACAUUCAAACUUCAAGUUGCUGAUGCUUUGCUCUUUGGGCCAACCAAUCACCGCAUUGCGGAAUUAGAACAGGAGAAUGAAGCCCUCCGACAGAAAUGUGCUCAGCUCCGGGGCAGUAACGUCACUUCUGUUGGCAGGGUGCAAUCGGCGUCGGAACACUCUGUUACGUCGGCAAACAGUCCAUGUACCCCAUUGCCGUUCUUGAGAGUAGCGGGUAUUGGCCUCGCGCGGAAUGACUCUCCUUCCACUUCAACUAGAGAUGCAUCACACCCAGAAGUACCGGAGAACGACCGCAGAAACACUUCAUUGUACCAUGGCCCAACAAGCACAGUAUAUGACGAUACAAGUCCGAACCACGGCGAGCAGAAUAGACCGGGACAGUUAGAGCCACUUAAUCUUGCUGCUGGAAAACUCGACUUUGAUGGCGUCGAUCCGGAGGCCGGCAUGCAUCUGCUCUCCAUAUAUUGGAGUCGUCAGCUUUACACAGCACAGAUAAUUUAUCGGCCAGCUUUCAUGCGAGAUAUGGCUUGCGAGGGACCAUACUUUUCCAAAUUGCUGUUGAAUGCGAUAUUUUUCGUAACGUCAAAGCACUGCGACCGACCAGAGCUUCGUUCCGACCCAAAUGACAUUACGACCGCAGGAUGGAAGUUCCGGCAACGCUUCACACAACUUUUGCGAGAUUGCUUCGACAAGAGCGAAAUCACUACCCUCCAGGCAUUGUUGAUUAUGUCCAAUGCGCUUUUCUCCAGAUGUGAUGAAAGAAGUCUGUCAUGGCUGUAUGCUGGAAAUGCAUUCAAUAUGUUCAUUGAUCUUGGUCUGCAUGUGCUUCCUGCUGUGGAUAGUAUCUCUGCCGAGGAACUUGAAAUUCGAAAGCGAGUUCUCUGGGGAGCGUACUUAAUUGAUAAGAUCCAGUGUCUUUUCCAAGGGAGACCUCCGCUUCUCAACCGUGUUAACUUGAGAGCAUCCCUAGACUUCCUGGAUGAUUAUGACGAGCUUGAACCUUUUCAGGGUAUUACAUACAUGACUACCAAGCCUCGAGAAGUGAUUCCAUCCAUGAAUGUUUCUUUGCUCACCAAUUUAUGCAAGUUGACAACAAUUGUGGAACGUGUUCUUCGUGAGAUUUAUUCAGAAUCUCGAGAGUCAAAUCUGGUUCACAGAGCAAAUAUAUCGGAGGAAAUCAAAUCACAGCUGAGGAUCUGGCGCCAAAGUUUGCCAGAUCAACUUGACUAUCUAUCAUUCCCAGACCAGGCGGUUCUGCUGCCUCAAUCCGCCUGUCUUUUGGCUUUAUUCAACGUGCUUAUCAUUUUGGUCCACCGCCCUCUAAUAAUUGGCCACGAUGGGAUCACCAAUUCAACAACUGCCCAUGAGUCAGUGAACGCAUGUACAGCAGCUGCAAACCAAAUUGUUCAAAUUCUCCAUGACUACUCGCAGCACUUCUCUCUGAGCAGUGCGCCAUACAUGCUCUCAUACGCUACCUAUAUUAGUGCAACAGUCCACGCACGGAUCGUUGCACAGAAAGGGAGUAACUCAACCGUGUUCCAAUCAUUGGUUCUUUGCCGAAAUAUUCUUUGUGAACACACGCGUCUAUAUUCCGCUGCAGAAAAGGCCAGGGAGAAUUUGGAUAAGUUGAUCUUUCACUUAGGGAUCAGUGUUGCAGACGACAAUCAGCAUACUGGAACCCCCGGGAGCUCUGCAGGCAACUUUCCCAACGAACACAUGGUCAUUGAUGAAUCUAUUAAUGUUGCAAGAGAAAUCAGUGUCGCAGAUCCUGCACCUGAGCUUGGAUCUUCCCUGAUGAGUUUGGAAUUAUCGGAUCUGGAUCUUGAGGCAAUUGCUCAAGGUUUUCAGGUUGAUGUAGAGUCACAUUCGUUCUGGAAUUCUUUGGUCUGA